UUAUUGAUUCGGAUGAAAUUUCGGCUUUGCGUUCGGAGGUUGUAGCAAGAUUCAAAUAAUAAUUAUGUCUUCAAAAUUACGACAAUCAUUAUCUGAUAAGCUGAGGGUAGUUAUAGAGAACAAGGACAUGGUUUUCUCUUCAUUUCGAAGAUACCUUAGUAUGAAGGGUGAAAGCUCCAAGGUUCAGACUUUAUAUGACCACUGCAAAACCAUCUUAUCGCCCACUGGAGCACCCCCUCCCUCUUUCCAAGCUUUGCAGAAGCUCUCUUCAAUUCUGGACAGUAUUCAACCUGCUGAUGUUGGCCUUAAAGAGGAAACUGCAGACGAUGAUCGAGGGCAUGGGUUUUUUGGUGCUAACCUACUUAAUAGAGUGGAUCGAUGGGCUCAACCAAUAACAUAUGUGGACAUUCAUGAAUGUGAUAGUUUUACGAUGUGUAUAUUCUGUUUCCCAACUUCUUCGGUUAUUCCACUCCAUGACCAUCCUGGGAUGACUGUAUUUAGCAAACUUCUCUAUGGCUCUUUGCAUGUAAAAGCUUAUGACUGGGUUGAGCCUCCCUGCAUUGUUGAAAGCAAAGGACCAGGAUUUUCUCAAGUAAGACUAGCAAAGUUAGCAGUUGAUAAGGUCUUGAAUGCACCGUGUGAGACAUCGGUUUUAUAUCCCAAACAUGGUGGAAAUCUGCACUGUUUCACAGCAGUAACACCUUGUGCUAUGCUAGAUGUUCUCACGCCUCCUUACAGCGAAGAUGAAGGAAGGAAGUGUACAUUCUAUCAUGAUUAUCCUUAUUCAGCAUUCUGAAUUGAGAAUCCUUUAUAGAAUUCAGACAUUCUUUUAAGGAGGAAGUGAGUCCAAUAUGAGAUUUCCAUGAGUGAUAUUCUCUCUGACUCUGCAGCAGCUGGAAGUGCACCUAUAUGUGAUGGGGAAGAGGAGGAAUAUGCUUGGCUUGCAGAGUUAGAAUCACCUAGUGAUCUUUAUAUGCGCCAGGGGGUAUAUGCUGGUCCAGCUAUUCAGAUUUAGCUCUCUUGUUUGGAUUUUAAAGCAAUUGUACGUUUCCAGUUAAGGGUGGUUGAUAUUAAUUUCUUGAAAUAUGCGUAUCCCAUUUUGUUCCUGGAAGCUAGCGACAUGAGGCUCUAAAAUGUUGAUGGAUGGCAUGUUCUGGUUAAUUUAUGCCUCCUUUUGCUUGAUGCAUAUUUUGUGCAGAGAUUUUGAUACAUAAAUCUGCAGUUUCUCAUUAGCUAGGAAUAACAUAGCUUUUGCUAUAGUGGCCAUUGUGUAUAAUUUCAUGUUUCCUUGCUAGUCUUUAUGCAUUUGCAAUUUUAUUUUAUUUAUCAUGAAAACGGAUCUUGGUAACUGAAUUUACUAAUAUGAACGAGCUUUUUAAUCAUUGUAA